AUGGAUCAAUUUCUACAAAUUACUAUUGAGGUUUCGUUGAAGACACGUCAUCGGAAACUUCGCCGGAGAUUUUGUGUGCAGAUCGAUUCAGCAGAGAUGUUUCCUUCUUCAUCCGAUUUCUCUUUCUCACCGUCGUCGCUGUUCUCAGCGUAUGCAUCCCUAACCGGAUUCUUGAUGAUCUUCAGAUCGAUGCUCCGCGAUUUCGUGUCGGAGAAGCUUCGAUCGUACUUCGCCGGCUUAUUCGAGCGCUUUUUCACCCCAAAAUCGAAGAAUCUCACGGUGGUUAUCAACGAGAAGUUCAAAUUUAAAAUUAAUCAAGUCUUCGACGCGGCCGAGAUAUACCUUCGAAACAAAAUCAGCCCCGAGACGGAGCGAUUACGCGUCGCAAAAACCCCAAAGCAGAAGCACUUCACAAUCUUGAUGGAGAAAGGAGAAGAGAUCUCCGAUUCGUUCGAAGGCUUUGAGGUGAAGUGGAGAUACGUUCAGUCGGAGAACGAGAGUACUGCUGAGAAACAAUCGGAAGAGAUCAAGAGAAAUCUGAGAGUGGUGAAGCUCUAUAGCCAAAAAGUGAACGGGAGAGGCGACAAAGAUGGAUGUGCUGGUGGGGACUGGGGAUGCAUCAGUCUCGAUCAUCCUUCGACGUUCGAUACAUUAGCGAUGGAUCCGGGAGCGAAGAAGAAGAUAAUCGAUGACUUGGAGAGGUUUCUCAAGAGAAGGGAGUUUUACAAGAGAGUUGGUAAAGCUUGGAAACGAGGCUACUUGCUGUAUGGACCUCCAAGAACUGGCAAAUCGAGCUUGAUAGCUGCAAUGGCUAAUUACCUCAAGUUCGAUAUUUUCGAUAUUGAGCUUAGUAGUAUUUAUGACAAUGGUGACUUGAAGAGGGUUUUGUUGUCGACCACGAGUCGUUCCAUUUUGGAGAUUGAGGAUAUCGAUUGCAGUACUACUGAGGUGAAAGACAGGGAAGCUGAGAACCAAGAAGAUGAAAAAACUGACACAAAGGUGACAUUAUCAGGGAUUUUGAAUUUCAUUGAUGGGUUAUGGUCUAAUUUUGGAGAUGAGAGAAUCUUUGUGUUCACGACUAACCACAAAGAACGGCUUGAUCCUGCACUGCUACAUCCUGGAAGAAUGGAUAUGCAUAUCCAUAUGUCAUAUUGUUUCGGCAUAGCAUUUAGGACAUUGGUCUCUAAUUACCUUGGUCUAGAUGGCUUGAACCAUCCUCUUUGUGAGGAAAUCGAGAGGCUGAUUGAUUCUACGGAGGUUACUCCUGCUGAGUUAGCUGAAGAGUUGAUGCAGGACGAUGAUACAGAUGUUCUUCGUAGAGUACUUAGCUUUUGUUGA